AUGCCGCGCCUGUUCUCCUACCUCCUAGGUGUCUGGCUGCUCCUGAGCCAACUUCCCAGAGAAAUCCCAGGCCAGAGUACGAACGAUUUUAUUAAGGCAUGCGGCCGAGAAUUAGUCCGUCUGUGGGUGGAGAUCUGUGGCUCCGUCUCCUGGGGAAGAACUGCUCUCAGCCUGGAAGAGCCUCAGCUGGAAACUGGACCCCCGGCAGAAACCAUGCCAUCCUCCAUCACCAAAGAUGCAGAAAUCUUAAAGAUGAUGUUGGAAUUUGUUCCUAAUUUGCCACAGGAGCUGAAGGCAACAUUGUCUGAGAGGCAACCAUCACUGAGAGAGCUACAACAAUCUGCAUUAAAGGAUUCGAAUCUUAACUUUGAAGAAUUUAAGAAAAUUAUUCUUAACAGACAAAAUGAAGCAGAAGACAAAAGUCUUUUAGAAUUAAAAAACUUAGGUUUAGAUAAACAUUCCAGAAAAAAGAGACUGUUCCGUAUGACACUGAGCGAGAAAUGUUGUCAAGUAGGUUGUAUCAGAAAAGAUAUUGCUAGAUUAUGCUGAAAAGGAGCUAAUGAUAUAUUUUAUAUAAUGUUCACAUGUAUUCUCAGUGACAUAUUCACUUAUGCCUCUGUCACCCACUGAUUAUUAGCACUGUUUAGUGUUUAGGUUUUUCAUUUUAUGUGUAAGAAAAUGUCCCUUGCAUUAAUGUAGUUUCUGCUAAUAAUAUUUUUUUAAACUAAAAGGU